CUAAAGACUUAAAAGGAGCCUCUAUUCCCCCCACCCCCCAGGAAUAUCAAAGAGACCUCAAUCUUUUAAAUUCUUAGGAGGCAAAGGAUCAGGACGCGGGACCUUCUCGACACACUUGAGGCCAUUCUAGAACUGCAUUAUCAACGAUAACUAGUAUUUCAUUUAAUCCACUGGAAAGGAGGGAGAAAGGUGCCAGAAGCAAACUUGAGCCCGCUCAGAGGAUCCGUGGUCCCGGCCUUUGCAGGAGCCGCGUGCCGGAAGGCGAAGACCCCACGGGGAACCAGGAGGAGGCGCGAGCUUUUCGCCCCUUCGGCGAGGCCGGAGCCUUGGACUGAGCCGCGCGGGACAGCUGCGGCGGCGGAGGCCAGGAGAAGAUGCACGGCUCGGGGCCCCGGGGUGCGGGAUGCCGGCGGCCCCCGGGCGGCAGUGGUGGCUCCCCCAGCACCCCUGCGUCUUCGGCCGGCUGCUACUCUGCACCUCGCAGGGCCCCCCUCUGGACGUGCCUUCUCCUGUGCGGCGCGCUCCGGACCCUCCUGGCCAGCCCCAGCAACGAAGUGAAUUUAUUGGAUUCACGUACCGUCAUGGGGGACCUGGGAUGGAUUGCUUUUCCGAAAAAUGGGUGGGAAGAAAUUGGUGAAGUUGAUGAAAAUUAUGCCCCUAUCCAUACUUACCAAGUAUGCAAAGUUAUGGAACAGAAUCAGAAUAACUGGCUUCUGACCAGUUGGAUCUCCAACGAAGGUGCUUCCAGAAUCUUCAUAGAACUUAAGUUUACUUUACGGGACUGCAACAGCCUUCCUGGAGGACUGGGGACCUGUAAGGAAACUUUUAACAUGUAUUACUUUGAGUCAGAUGAUGAGAAUGGGAGGAAUAUCAAGGAAAAUCAAUACAUCAAAAUUGAUACCAUUGCUGCCGAUGAAAGCUUUACAGAACUUGAUCUUGGUGACCGUGUCAUGAAACUGAAUACGGAGGUUAGAGAUGUAGGACCUCUAAGCAAAACGGGAUUUUAUCUUGCCUUUCAAGAUCUGGGUGCUUGCAUUGCUCUGGUUUCUGUGCGUGUGUACUAUAAAAAGUGUCCUUCUGUGGUACGACACUUGGCUGUCUUCCCUGACACAAUCACCGGAGCUGAUUCUUCACAGUUGCUAGAAGUGUCAGGUUCCUGUGUCAACCAUUCUGUGACAGAUGAACCACCCAAAAUGCAUUGCAGCGCAGAAGGGGAGUGGCUGGUGCCCAUCGGGAAAUGCAUGUGCAAAGCAGGAUAUGAAGAGAAAAAUGGCACCUGUCAAGUGUGCAGACCUGGGUUCUUCAAAGCCUCACCUCACAGCCAGAGCUGCAGCAAAUGUCCACCUCACAGUUAUACCCAUGAGGAAGCUUCAACCUCUUGUGUCUGUGAAAAGGAUUAUUUCAGGAGGGAGUCUGAUCCACCCACAAUGGCAUGCACAAGACCCCCCUCAGCUCCGCGGAAUGCCAUCUCAAAUGUUAAUGAAACUAGUGUCUUUCUGGAAUGGAUUCCUCCUGCUGACACUGGUGGAAGGAAAGAUGUGUCAUAUUAUAUUGCAUGCAAGAAGUGCAACUCCCAUGCAGGUGUGUGUGACGAGUGUGGAGGUCAUGUCAGGUACCUGCCCCAGCAAAUCGGCCUGAAAAACACCUCUGUCAUGAUGGUGGAUCUGCUCGCUCACACAAACUAUACCUUUGAGAUUGAGGCAGUGAAUGGAGUGUCCGACUUGAGCCCAGGAGCCCGGCAGUAUGUGUCUGUAAAUGUAACCACAAAUCAAGCAGCCCCCUCUCCAAUCACCAAUGUGAAAAAAGGGAAGAUUGCAAAGAACAGCAUCUCUUUGUCUUGGCAAGAGCCAGAUCGCCCCAAUGGAAUCAUCCUGGAGUACGAAAUCAAAUAUUUUGAAAAGGACCAAGAGACCAGCUACACGAUUAUCAAAUCUAAAGAGACAACUAUAACUGCAGAGGGCUUGAAACCAGCUUCGGUGUACAUCUUCCAAAUUCGAGCACGCACAGCAGCAGGCUAUGGUGUCUUCAGUCGAAGAUUUGAGUUUGAAACCAUCCCAGUGUCAGUUGCAGCCUCCAGUGAUCAAAGCCAGAUUCCUAUAAUCGCUGUGUCUGUGACAGUUGGAGUCAUUUUGUUGGCAGUGGUUAUCGGCUUCCUCCUCAGUGGAAGUUGCUGCGAAUGUGGCUGUGGAAGGGCUUCUUCCCUGUGCGCUGUUGCCCAUCCAAGCCUAAUAUGGCGGUGUGGUUACAGCAAAGCAAAGCAAGACCCAGAAGAGGAAAAGAUGCAUUUCCAUAAUGGGCACAUUAAACUGCCGGGAGUAAGAACAUACAUUGAUCCACACACCUAUGAGGAUCCCAAUCAAGCUGUCCAUGAAUUUGCCAAGGAGAUAGAAGCUUCAUGCAUUACCAUUGAACGAGUUAUUGGAGCAGGUGAAUUUGGUGAAGUGUGUAGUGGACGUUUGAAACUUCCAGGAAAAAGAGAAUUACCUGUGGCGAUCAAAACCCUUAAAGUAGGCUACACUGAAAAACAGCGUAGAGAUUUCCUGGGUGAAGCAAGCAUCAUGGGGCAGUUUGAUCAUCCUAACAUCAUUCACUUAGAAGGCGUAGUGACCAAAAGUAAACCAGUGAUGAUAGUGACAGAAUAUAUGGAAAAUGGCUCUUUAGAUACAUUUUUAAAGAAGAACGAUGGGCAGUUCACUGUGAUUCAGAUUGUGGGCAUGCUGAGGGGCAUCGCCGCGGGAAUGAAGCACCUGUCCGACAUGGGCUAUGUGCACAGAGACCUCGCUGCUAGGAACAUCUUAAUCAACAGUAACCUUGUGUGCAAAGUGUCUGACUUUGGACUUUCCAGGGUACUGGAGGAUGAUCCUGAGGCAGCCUAUACCACAAGGGGAGGCAAAAUUCCAAUCAGAUGGACUGCCCCAGAAGCUAUAGCUUUCCGAAAGUUUACCUCUGCUAGUGAUGUCUGGAGUUAUGGGAUCGUGAUGUGGGAGGUCGUGUCUUACGGGGAGAGACCCUACUGGGAGAUGACCAACCAGGAUGUUAUUAAAGCAGUAGAGGAAGGCUACCGUCUGCCAAGCCCCAUGGACUGUCCUGCUGCCCUCUACCAAUUAAUGCUGGAUUGCUGGCAGAAAGACCGAAAUAGCAGGCCCAAGUUUGAUGAAAUCGUCAACAUGCUGGACAAGCUUAUACGUAACCCGAGUAGCUUGAAGACGCUGGUUAAUUCAUCGAGCAGAGUAUCCAAUUUAUUGGCAGAACAUGGCCCACUGGGAUCUGGGGCCUACAGAUCAGUAGGUGAAUGGCUAGAAGCAAUCAAAAUGGGCCGGUAUACAGAGAUUUUCAUGGAAAAUGGAUACAGUUCAAUGGACGCUGUGGCUCAGGUGACCUUGGAGGACUUGAGACGGCUUGGAGUGACUCUUGUCGGUCACCAGAAGAAGAUCAUGAACAGCCUUCAAGAAAUGAAGGUGCAGCUGGUAAAUGGGAUGGUGCCAUUGUAACUUCAUUUUAAUGUCACUUCAUUGAAUGAAUGAUUCUGCACUUUGUAAACAAGCCCUGAGAUUUAUUUUAACAAAAAAAAAGAGGAAAAAGGGAAAACUCAGUGAUUUCUAAACCUUUUGAGAGCAUUUCUUUCAGCCACAGAAUUUGUAAUCAGUGUUUUACUAAAAACUUCCUUAGCUUCCUCCCAGUGACUUCCAAGUUUUUAUGAAACAAGGAUGACCUCCUUGGAAUAAUAGCAUGAGGUUAAAUUAUAUCUUAUCUUACAGCAACGAAAUCCUCACCACUACUUCUACAACAUUUUAUACAUGAGACAUAUAACUAUAAACGGCACCUUUGUAGACUGAAUUAAGGCAGCACCUUUCAAGACUUCCAGGAAUCUACUUGAAAGGAAAAGUUUUGUAGUCAUGUGUGGGCUAACAAAAGCUACAAUUUACUGAAGUUUACUUCAAGUCUUAAUUAUCUACAUAAGUGUAUUGAAGAGCAAUAUGGCUAGAUAGUUUCUUAAUAGGUACCUUAUUUUGUAAUUUUAAAGUGCUGAUACACAGUGUUAAGUUAUAGAAACUAGUAUAUAAACAUAUUGCUUGAUCAAGGAUAAGUGUAAUACAGGGUGUAUAUUUAUUUUUCUGUGUUAUAAAAUUUAGUUGCUCUUCUAGAAACUAUUAGGUAAUAAAUGUGUAUAUACUGUAUAAUUUGCUGUAUACCCAGGAACCAAUUUAAGUUGGAAUUCUGUGUGUAUGUGCUUGCACACAUGUGCAUCACCAUUCUGCUUGCAUUUUUAAACUUUUAAUUUUAGCAACAUAGAGGACUAAGUGUUACAGAGUAGACUAUGAAUUACAGAAAUAGGAAUGCAGUAAAACAAAAUUUAACACAAGUUUGUGUCUUUUUUUCUCAUGUUUCCAAAAGCUACUAAAUCUCCUUACUCACUAACAGAAAAUGUCUGUAAGAUGAAAUCCCUUUUGGCUUAGAAAAAAAACUUUGUGAUAUCUGUUACAAUGCAGUUCUUCUAGCCAUUAAUCUUGCACCACUGUAAGAAAUUUCACCUUUCUGAGUCCUAGAAAAUACCUUGUCAAGCUACAGUGACACUGAAGGGCACAUUUACAGCAGGAUGUAGAAGGAUUUAACUGUGCAGACUUCUGUUAAUGUUGUUAAAUCCAGGCACAUAGCACUAAGCAUUACUCCUAAGUGUUAAUCCUUUUUAACCAUUUCUCAUGUAGCUCAGCUCUAGAAAUUUUGAUACCAAGGCAGCAAAGAAAUGAUGGCAAAGGUAUAUAUAGCCUUCAGGAUUUUCUCUGUUAAAAUGACAUGUUUUAUUUGUUGAUAAUAUGUAUUCAUUUGGAAAUUUCAUUUUAUAUUCAGUUCUAUCAUAUUGAAUUUAUUUUGAUGAACCAACUGAAAGUGUCAUGUAGUUGACCUUAUUAAGGAAUAUAAAGGUGGUUCCUAUGUAUACUCUACAUACUUUGCUUGAUGAAAACUGACAUUUGUGAUUCCAAUUACAAGUUCAUUAGAACUUGAACAAAACUGAGCUUCUUGGUAAAAGAACCUGAUUUUUUGUAUUAUGACACUUUAUGGAAAUGAUGGAAUGACAUGUGAUUCAAGGACCACAACAUUUAAACAAAAGAGAGCCUAUUUGUGAUUACUGAAUUGUAUACUGGAGUAGGCAGGAUGAGUGAAUCCAUAGGAAAUAUUCCUGCAUCCUACUAAUGGCGCAUCCUUCCUCUUUCCCAAGCACCUAUUUUAGUUAAAAGUUAACACAUAAGAGACUAAACUUUUAGGAAAUAACUUCUUUCUAUCAUGCCCACCUUUUACUCAAGCAGUGAAGUAGUUUGUUGCUAAAGAAUAGGGACCAAAAAAA